UGAUCCCUGUGUUGUGUGAUGGCGGCCAUCAGCCCUAGGUCCCCGACCUAUUUAGGGCUACACCAGCCCUCUGCACCCCUUAACACACCUCCUACACCCUUAACCCGUUAGUGACACACCCGCCCUCUAUACCUACCCUCUCGCAGCUAUCCAGGGUGGGUUUAACGGGAGAUAACAGGAGAGGAAGAGUGUUGGGAGCCGGCCAGGAUGACUUCCAUGUUGAUAGAAGAGAGCGUGUGAUGUGGGUACGAGGGGGCAGCCUUGUGGGCGGAGGAGGUGGGGCGGUGGUGGGUGCGGGCGUGGGCGGCGGAGGGCGGUCAAUAUGGAUACCUUACUGCUCUAACAGUGACCAGCGUUCUAACCUUAAUACACUAGAGUUUACUGGCAAGACUGAGUGUCUCAAGUUUAUUCGUGAACUGAACCGCGAGACAUCAAGCUAUCGUCACCUUGCUGUUGGUCUGGGUGGUAGUGGAGACUGUGACCAACUGAGAGAAGAACUUAAGAGGUCUAGAAGAAGAGCCCAGGACCUGGCCAGAGAGGCCAAGAAUAAACUAACUCCACAUCUGCACCAAGGAGAGAGAGUGAUGGGUGAGGUUGCUCGUUUGUGGCGCAUACUCUUCUGCUGCAUACGUGUCUUAGAACAGGAGAUGCUGCGUACACUCACCUUACAACACAGCUUUGGCCUACACCUGGGACCCAUAGGUCUGAUCAACACGGGUGUACAUGAGUAUGGCAGCAGUCACCGCUCAGUGCCAGCUGUGGAUGGCACUGAACUCUCUCUCAGUGACAGACUGGCACUGGAGAGAGCUGAGGUCAAUCAACUGCACAAGGAGCUGAUAGACUUAAGGAACCUCAUUAAUGUGAUGGAGAGCAGUCUGGAUAUGAAGGCUUGGAUCCUUGAUGAACUGACUGAAAAACAACUGCUGGCUGCCAUCAAUGAUGACUCUAACUCAUGUAACAGUGACUCUGCCUGUUCUGAUGCAGAGUCUGUGACAGUUUUAAAGGUCAGAAUCCUUGAGACUAGUCGUAAGAGGGUUAAGAAGCAGGGCCAGGAGCCAAGACACAACCCCAGCAACAGAGGAAUUCACAUGCAGCAUAUUAAGCCCAUCUUGGAGUAUGCAGCACCAGUAUGGAACCCACCCCUGAGGAAGCAUUUUAAGAAGCUGAAGAAAGUGCAGAAGUAUACAACUAGACUAGUCCCAGAGUUAAGGAUUAUGAACUACGAAGAGGAACUGAAUCUAACAACUCAGGAAGACAGAAGGACCAGAGGAAACUUGAAAACAACAUACAAAAUAUUCAGUGGAAUUGAUAAGGCAGAUAAGGACAGGUUGUUUGAGAGGCAGGAAAUAGGUAUUCAGGGGCACAACUGGAAGUUGAAGAUGUAG